UUCAUUCGAGUCGUCUUUGUGGGGCGAGUAGUAUCAAAAAUGUGGAGGUCCGACCAAACAGAGUUCCGUUUAGCAGUUUUCAGAGGUAAACCAGUAUCUGUGGUGUAGAUUAACGUCUGUCGUGGGUAUAUUUCAGACUUUUUUUUGAGUUGAAGUUGCUGGUAUUGUACGAGACGAGCGGUAGAGUUGAACGGAGUUGAGUUGAGGUUUGAGUCGAGGAGGCAGCAGCAGUAGCAGCCGCGGAGGAGACGACGAGUCUACACGCACGAUCUUAUUUCUCGCUCGGAAAAUAUGUUAAAAUCGCUCCAACAUUGGUCUCCAACAUCUCCGGACUCAUGGUGAAGAGAAAGAAGAUCUCGUUCAUGGCUGAGGAGCUGGAAAAUGGGAUGACAGUGGGCCAGCAGGCCAGUUCGGGACUCGAGGACUCGAACAAAUCCAUCCGAAACCCUGAAGGAAGCUGCGAGGGAGAGGAGAGCGCCGCGCGGACACCGAGCACCGAGCAGCCGAGCACAAAGAGGGACACCGACCGAACGCCGAGUCCCUGCGCCUCCGCCUCGCCGCCGAACCCGCCCGUAGCGCCGCCGAACCCCGCGGGCCUGUCCUCUCCGCCCGCCGUUCACGACCAGCACCACUUCCUCCGCUCCAGCGUGCGUCCCCCGAGCAAACGGAUCCGCAAAGACGGGCCCGCGGUAAACGGACACAGCAGCACGAAGAGCAAAGGGAGUGAUGCCGUUCCUGCUGUGUCUGCAUCAGGCCCUGCAGGCUCUGGCGGAGGCGCUACAGCUGGAGGGAGCUCUCGCUCUGCCCCCCGGAGCCAGGGUCCGGUGGAGAAAGAUGAAGGAGGGAAUCAGAAGCGUGCACGCAGACAGUGGGAGUCGUGGAGCACCGAGGACAAGAACUCAUUCUUUGAAGGACUUUAUGAGCAUGGAAAGGACUUUGAAGCCAUACAGAACAACAUUGCUCUGAAGUAUAAGAAAAAAGCCAAACCUGCUAGUAUGGUGAAGAACAAGGAGCAGGUUCGUCACUUCUACUAUAGAACCUGGCACAAGAUCUCCAAGCACAUCGAUUUCAACAACGCGUAUUCCCGCGUGCUGAAGAAAUCCUCACAGGAACUCUAUGGACUCAUAUGUUACGCCGAGCUCAGGAAGAAGGUCGGAGGCUUGAUGGAUGACAAGAAUGUGGCCAAACUGAACGAACUCAUCAUGCAAGGGGCCACCACGGUUCGCUCUAAAGGCAGGAACCUGAGGAUCAAAGCCCCCAUGUGUCGUGCACUGAAGAAACUAUGCGACCCAGAUGGUGUGAGUGACGAGGAGGACCAGAAGCCAGUUCGGUUGCCAUUGAAGGUUGCUGUGGAGCUGCAGCCACGUACUAACUACUCAUGGGCUCGUGUUCAGAGUCUAGCCCAUAAUCCUCGUCUAAGGAUGGUCGUGGAGUUGCAUAGGAAAGUGUCUAACCUUAUCGAGUUCCUGAAGCAAAAAUGGGCCGUCCAGGACCAGCGAAUUCUUAAAAGUCUAGCAGAACGAGAGGCUCUAGAAGGCGUGGUCCUGCCCGGUGAGUCAGAAGAACUGUUUCUGUAUCCAGCAGAAAGCAGCACAGUUUCCGUGUUACCUGAAGUAGCACGGGUCGUUCACUCCAAAGCCUCCUGCACUGUGCACUGGCAGGAGACAGGGCGUGGUCGACCAGGUGUUAGAGACCUGCCAACAGCCCAGAUUCUUGGGAUUCAGCCCGUCCGAGGGUUGGGAAAACCAGGCAAGAGUGCCUCUGGAGGUGGAGACGUGAAAAGAGCCGAUGGACAAGUACCUGAGAGUUCAGAAAGCAGUAACUGCGCUCUUGGGGCAGACAGCACUUUAAACACGGCCCCUAACACUACCACUCCUUCCGUCACGCCAACGUCUACAAGUCUGCCACCAUUCCCUGGACAGGAAGGUAGUGGGACUGGUACAGCUGAUUCUUUGGGAGCAUCGCAGUCCCACACGUGUUCUAGUGGAGCGAGUAAAGACACUGUCGGUCCAGUAGAACCUCCACCACCUGACCAUAGCACAGAGACUCCUCUAGGAGGUGGGGCCUCCGCAGAUGGAGCCCCUCUUCCUCCUCCUCCUCCUGAGCCUUCUGUCCGUGUUGAAGAUGGAGCUACAACUGGACGCUCGCCGCAGCAAAUCCGUGAGGAGGGCUGGAGCUCCCAGGGCUCAGAAAAUGUCACUCUAGCUGAACUCUACCUCAUGAUGGGCAAGCCUGGAAAGCUGCAGCUGGAGUAUGAUUGGCAGCCCAAGACUCGCUCUUCAGCCCUUCCCACCACUCGCAACAUGUUUCGGUGCCUCCUAAGACUCGUCUCCUCAGAGGUCAACCCCAAACCAGUUUCAGACAUGUGUUCAGUAGGGACGUCUCCUAUCAAGCUGGUUCAGGAGGAACAGUCUCUGACUCCUCCAGGCAAAACUCAGUCUUUGGGAACUCGCAGCCCCAGCUCUGGGCGACAGCCAUACACAGCACGCGCCAAGACACUGCCUAAUGCAGCCGGCACAGGCGGCCGGAAUCUGCCACGUUCUCUGUUGGUUUCUGGCAGCGACGGUGAUGGGGGCGUGUUUGCUGUUCCAACGACACUGCCACCUAACAGCUCCCGCCACUUACGGAUGUUUUCACCCAACAAGGAGGCGGAGUUGGCUUUCCGUCAGCAGCUGGACUCGAUCAGUUCAGAUAUUUUCCACAAGCCAAGAAAAAUGGGAAGGGGUCGUUCACUCAGGAAGCCACUUGUUGUGCAGAGAACGUUGUUGCCCCGAACAACAGGAGAUUCAUCCCAACACGUGUGCUCCUUCUCAAUUCUCCCCAGCUCUUCGGCUACUGGCACAGGUUCUUUUCGGCCUAUCCAAAGCCGGCUUUCAUCAUCCCGACCCCUUGCACUCAAAGCCGCUUCCACUACAAUAAAUACCGCCUCUUCUAAUCAGUUAUCCAGUGCAAUUGACCUGGCAGCAAAGUCUGCAGGCAUUAUCCCAGGAAGCCCAUGUCGAGAAGUGGAGCCCUCCACUCUGGAGACCCCGCCUCUUGAAUCAAGCCUUUUGCCACCUGAGGCUGCCACACCACCAGCACCUUCUGAGCCUGAGCCUGAGCCUGAACCUGAACCUGAGGCUGAGCCCAAUCCUGAGCUGCUGCAGCAGGAGGCAGAGGGUUCUUUGCAGAACGGGGUCCCUCCACCAUCUCCAGGGGGUGGAGAUUCCCUAUUGGCACCUCCUAGUGUUGCUUCCCUGUUGGAUAUCUCACUCCCUGGCCCUCCAGACGAAUCCCUUCCUGCUGGAGAACCUCACACUCACAUCAGUGACUCCAUUAUCGAGCUUGCCAUCAGCUCUGCACAUUAUGGUGAAGGAUCAUCUCUUUCUCCUCUCAAGCUCAAUGGGAGUGACCGGUCUAAACUUGUCCCCUCCCUCCCAGACAGUCCCAGCCACAGCUGGAUGCCAUCUCCUAUGCACGACCCCCAGUGGUACCCCAGUGACUCUAGUGACUCAACUCUAGGAUGCCUGCUCUCGAGUUUGACGUCACCAGAUAAAACCCGGAGAACUGCCCACCACCCUGCAGGGUCCUCUAGUGGUACAGCCUUACUUGGGCCGAGUUUGCUUGACAGUAACUCUCAUGAUUCUUUUCAGGCGCGUGGCCUUCCUGAUGCUGUUGAGGUGGAUAAUCAGCUGGCCUGCAUGAUGAGCGAAAACAGCGUCGACUACAUCGCCCGCUUCAACGACCUCGCCCAAGAGCUGUCAGUCUCCGAGACGAGUCUCCCUCCUCCAUGAACCCGAGGUGGAAGAGUGAAGAGAAGACGAGGAUCAGCAAGAGAGCUCCGGUCAGAAGGAGAGAAUUCUGCGAUUCACUCUGUCUGAUGUGCAAUAAAGACUGUCGUGAUCCAUGAUAAUCAGGAUCAUGCCUGUGCAUGUGUAUGGGUGAGGGUGCCUGCCCGUUAUUUUGUGGCGUGCGUUUUCUCGAGCCACAUCUGGGCCACUUUUUAAACUAAUUUGUUUACAAAGCAACCUCAUGUAUAGAAAUUUGCCAUAUCAGAACAAAUAUCGCUUCCUGUCGUUCUGUUCACUUCCUUUUGUCCGUACAAUGCGAGAGCAAACCAAGGCUGCUGCUCAGCCGUUUUUGUCUUUGUGACAUUGUUACAUCAUUGAUUGAUUAUGGACAGAUCCAGAAUGUUCUUCUGAAAAAAGCCAUAGGACCGUGUACAUAGUACACAACAUCCAUGUACAGUCUAUCUUUAUAAUCUGAUCAGCUUUGCCAAAUUGAAUUUAAGUUUCAUAACACACUGCUGGAAGCCCUCCCCCCAUUCAACCCCUAAUCAUGAAAAAUAUUAGAACUAAUUGGAAAUUCUUGCAACACUAACAAAAUGCUAAGCAAGAAUAAACUUGGCUAUAUUAGAAAAUGUAUGUUAAUCUAUUACUUCGAGACUCCCUAAAUUUAGUAAUAAAGUAAAUGAUUUCCUUACGGUUUGCUGUUUGACAUUCAACACUACCUUUUUUAUUGAAUGCAGUUUUUAUAGAAGCUGGUGAUUUAGAUUGUCGUGAGCCUUCUGUUGGUGAUGGAAAUGAAUGUUUUUAUUGUAAAUAGACCAUAACGAAUUUAAUGCAUUGACUGUGCUUUUAUAACAAACUGUAAAUUAUUUGAAUUAUUUAUUUAAUUUACAUGUUGCGAUUGUUUUUUUUGUUUUGUUUUUUAUUCAUUCAGAACCCAUCAAUGAGCUUGUUUUCAAAACAUUAAUGUAUUUGUACAAAAAGGGUUUUAUGCCACCAUGUAAAUAUAAAUUUCCCACAAAGCUGUA